AUGCGCUUGCAUGCGUUGCAGGCGUUGCAUGCGUUGCCUGCAUCCACCUGCAAUGCCUGCAUUGCCUGCAGUGCUCAGGUCUCUAUUGGACGGUGCAUUCCGCGAGGCUUUUGUCUAAAAGCCGGAGCCAUUCCUCAUCCCGCCUUCCAUCCGACGUCGUUCGGGCUGUGUGGGACAGCCAGUUGGGUUAUUACGGUCUGA